AAAGCUCGCCUGAGAAACACAUCGCACCUUGUCUUGCACACAGAACAGGGAGCGAUAUCUUCUAUUUUAUAUACAACGGGGAAAAAAAACCCUAACAUUUACAUUGGAUAAUUUCUUAAGCAUGAACCGUUUUGUACUGAAUCUUAAUUGGUUGUUGGCUCCAUUUUGAUUUUUUUUUAAUCUAUUGGGACUUUGGAGAUCCGCAUACGCAAUUUUAUCGCUCCCAUUUCUUCUGCUCAUUCGACACCGAUGCAGUGAUUUUUUUUUAUCAGAUGAAAGUCUGAAUCGAUGUGGAGGAAAUCAACCAAGUUCAACGGUGAGCUUGACCUGUCAAUGGGCGCACAAUGGUCCAUUUCUCAAGAUUAUGGAUCAAUAUGUCAAAACGGAUGUGAAUUGAAGGUUUGUGAACACUGAGGGCCCUAUUCGGGCCUGCACGCUAACACCGCAAAGCGCACUUUUUGUCUACUUUUGAUUAGUGCUGACUUUAGGCCUACACAAUGACUUUUAACUAGACUUAAAUGACACUGACAUUAAUGACCCUAUAUACCCCUAAUGAACUCUCUGCUGUACAGCACUACACAUGGCUGCAAUUUAUAGAUACUUUGAUGACUUGGCCCCACUGUAGCACACCUGGAUCCCACUGAAGGUUUUUUAAGCUAAACAGUAGCCUUAUUGUUUUUUUCGUAGACCAGUAUUCGGGCCUUAGCGACUCCCUUUAUUGUUCCGAUUUGUGUAUUUAGAUUUUGAAAAAGAGUCGGCCGUAACGCAGGCCCUCUCCCUCUCUCAGUGAAUAAUGAGUAAAUUACCCCAAAUGCAUAGCAGUCCUGUAUGUCAUAGAGAGCUCUGUUACACUUUAGGAGCACAUCACUAAGAGAGCCGACUCAUUUUAGUUUUCGAUUAGUUCUAUUGGUAGUUCUAACUUCCUUUACUAUUCACAAUGAGCUUCUCAAUGCGGAACGGCGCACAUCUAAUCUGGAUAGGCUUGCUGGUUUGUUGCCUUGUCGACAUGGGGGCCAGCAUGGAGUUCACCGGCGCAGAAGGCCAGUGGGCAAGGUUUCCUAUGUGGAACGCCUGCUGUGAAAGCGAAAUGAGUUUCAACAUGAAGACCAAAAGCGCUCAUGGACUUUUAGUGUACUUUGACGACGAGGGAUUCUGUGACUUCUUGGAACUGCUCAUCCACAACGGCAGACUCAGUUUGCGGUUCUCCAUCUUCUGCGCCGAGCCGGCGACGGUGCUCUCCGAUACCGCCGUCAACGACAGCCGCUGGCAUGCCGUGACCUUGCGCAGGAAUUUCAAAAACACUACGUUAGUUGUGGACGAAGAGAUCAAGUGGGUGGAGGUUAAGUCAAAAAGGAGGGACAUGACGGUCUUCAGCCAUUUAUUCUUAGGAGGGAUACCUCCUGAACUGCGAUCUGUAGCAUUACGCCUCACAUCUUCAGCCAUCACAGAUCAGGUCCCCUACAAAGGAUGGAUAACCAAUCUGAGGGUGAACAGUUCCGAGCCGCCGCUUAUCGGUAGCGAGGGAAUCAACAGUGACUUUUGUGAAGACGACCACAUUUGCCUGAACGGAGGAGUCUGCAGCAUCGUCAACGACGAGCCCACUUGUGACUGCUCCGAAACGGGAUUCCAGGGAAAAGACUGCAGUGAAGAAGAGGCCUAUGUAGGAGGUCUUGCGCACCUGAUGAUGGGCGACCAAGGCAAACGAAAAGAGAGAGAAGAGUACGUGGCCACCUUCAAGGGUUCAGAGUAUUUCUGUUACGACCUGUCCCCGAACCCCAUCCAGAGCAGUAGCGAUGAGAUUACACUCUCCUUCAAGACCCUGCAGCGCAAUGGACUGAUGCUCCACACCGGAAAAUCUGCAGACUACGUUAACCUGGCGCUGAAGAAUGGUGCCGUCUCGCUGGUCAUCAACCUGGGCUCUGGGGCCUUCGAGGCCCUGGUGGAGCCCGUCAAUGGAAAAUUUAAUGACAAUGCCUGGCAUGAUGUGAAGGUUACCAGGAACCUUCGUCAGCACUCAGGCAUUGGACACGCUAUGGUUACAAUAUCCGUGGAUGGAAUUCUGACCACCACUUUUCACAUAAAGGUUGUGUACAAGAACAACGAUGUAAGGCUCGAGCUGUCUCGACUGGCCAAGCUAGGCGACCCCAAAAUGAAGGUGAGCGGCGUGGUGGCCUUCAAAUGCGAGAACGUGGCUACCCUAGAUCCUGUCACCUUCGAGACACCAGAGUCAUUCAUUACCCUUGACAAGUGGUCCGCCAAAAAAGCCGGUUCCAUCUCCUUCGACUUCCGCACCACUGAGCCCAACGGCCUUCUCCUCUUCAGCCACGGAAAACCCAAACCGCAGCAGCAGAAAGACCCCAAGAGCCCCAAAACCUUGAAGGUGGAUUUCUUCGCCAUUGAGAUGCUGGACGGCCACCUGUACCUUCUGCUUGAUAUGGGCUCGGGCACCACCAAAACCCGUGCCGUCAACAAAAAAGUCAACGACGGGGAAUGGUACCACGUGGACUUCCAGAGAGAUGGAAGAUCAGGCACCAUUUCCGUGAACUCGAUCCGUACUCCCUACAACGCUCCCGGUGAGAGUGAGAUCCUGGACUUGGAAGACAUACUCUAUCUGGGCGGCCUGCCAGAGGACCGUGCUGGUCUGAUCUUCCCUACGGAGGUCUGGACUGCGCUCCUAAACUACGGCUAUGUGGGCUGCGUGCGAGAUCUGUUCAUGGACGGCCAGAGCAAGGACAUCCGGCGGACAGCAGAAGCCCAGAGAGCAGUCGGGGUGAAGCCGUCCUGCUCUAAGGAACCUCCCAAACAGUGUCUAAGCAACCCCUGCCUGAACAGCGGCACCUGCAGAGAGGGCUGGAACCGAUAUGUGUGUGACUGCUCAGGGACGGGCUAUCUGGGACGCUCCUGUGAGAGAGAUGCCACCAUCCUCAGUUAUGACGGCAGUAAGUUCAUGAAGAUCCAGUUGCCAGUAGUGAUGCACACAGAAGCAGAGGACGUGUCGCUGCGCUUCCGUUCCCAGCGUGCCUAUGGUGUUCUCAUGGCAACCACGUCCCGGAACUCAGCAGACACUCUGAGACUGGAGCUGGACGGAGGGCGUGUCCGACUCACUGUCAAUCUAGACUGUAUCAGGAUAAACUGUACUACCAGUAAAGGUCCAGAGACCAUAUUUGCGGGCCAGAACUUGAAUGACAACGAAUGGCACACAGUUCGUGUCAUCAGAAGAGGCAAAAGUCUGAAGCUAAUGGUGGAUGACCUGCAGCCCUCUGAAGGUCAAAUCACGGGAGACCACACACAGCUGGAGUUCCACAAUGUGGAAACGGGAAUCGUAACAGAGAAGCGUUAUAUGCCGGCCGUGCCCUCCAACUUCAUUGGACACCUGCAGGGUUUGUCCUUCAAUGGCAUGUCCUACAUUGACCUGUGCAAGAACGGUGACAUCGACUACUGCGAAUUGAAUGCCAUGAUCGGCUACAGGAGCAUCGUGGCAGACCCGGUGACCUUCAAGUCUCGCUCUAGCUAUGUGACCUUGCCCACGCUUCAGGCCUACUACUCCAUGCACCUGUUCUUCCAGUUUAAGACCACUUCACCAGAUGGGCUCGUCCUGUACAACCGAGGAGAUGGCAAUGACUUUAUAGUAGUAGAGCUGGUUAAAGGAUAUCUCCAUUAUGUGUCAGACCUGGGAAAUGGAGCUCAUCUCAUCAAAGGAAAUUCCAACACACCACUGAAUGACAAUCACUGGCACAAUGUGAUGAUCUCACGAGAUACAAACAACCUCCAUACGGUCAAAAUAGACACCAAAAUCACCACACAGACUACCAUGGGAGCCAAGAACCUGGAUCUGAAAGGUGAUUUGUAUGUGGGAGGUGUGGCCAAAGAGAUGUAUAAGGACUUGCCAAAGCUGGUGCAUUCUAAAGAGGGCUUCCAGGGCUGCUUGGCAUCUGUCGACCUGAACGGCCGUUUGCCAGACCUGUUGUCAGACGCACUGUCCAACGCCGGCCAGGUGGAGAGAGGAUGCGAAGUUGCAUUGCUGAAAGCUGACUUGCAAGGCCCCAGCACUACCUGUCAAGAGGAUUCCUGCUCCAAUCAGGGCGUGUGUCUGCAGCAGUGGGAGGGGUUCAGUUGCGACUGCAGCAUGACAUCAUUUGGAGGGCCGCUCUGCAAUGACCCGGGAACCACAUACAUAUUCGGACGUGAUGGAGGGCUCAUUGUGUACACAUGGCCGCCCAACGACAGACCGAGCACACGAGCUGACCGACUGGCUGUCGGCUUUAGCACCCAGCAGAAGGAUGCAUUGCUGGUUAGGGUGGACAGCUCUUCCGGCCUAGGAGACUACCUGCAGCUUCAGAUUGAAAGAGGCAAUAUCAAAGUGGUGUUCAAUGUGGGCACCGAUGACAUAAACAUUGAAGAAACCUCAAAGUUUGUAAAUGAUGGAAAGGACCACAUAGUUCGCUUUACGAGAAGUGGUGGUAACGCCACCUUGCAGGUGGAUGAUCUGCCAGUCAUUGAGCGCUACCCAACAGGCAACAUUGAUAACGAACGCCUGGCGAUUGCUAGACAGCGAAUCCCAUAUCGGCUUGGUCGAGUAGUUGACGAAUGGCUACUCGACAAAGGUCGGCAGCUCACCAUCUUCAACAGUCAGACUACCAUAAAGAUUGGAGGCUGGGAGAAGGGCAGUCGGCCCUUCCAGGGCCAGCUCUCAGGGCUUUACUACAAUGGCCUAAAAGUGCUCAACAUGGCCGCCGAGGGCGACCCCAACAUACGCGUGGAGGGUAGCGCCAGGCUGGUGGGAGAUAUGCCCUCUUCUUCUAUUACUCCCCAGUCCAGUGCCUCUGCCACGGGCAACCGCUCAGAAACGUCGCCCUCCAUCACCGACAUCACCACUACGACCGCAUCCAACCGCCAGGGCAAGCAGACAACAACUCCACAGGAUGAUCUUCUGGUAGCGUCGGCAGAAUGUCCCAGCGACGAUGAGGACAUUGACCCUUGCGACCCAAGUUCAGGUGGGUUAGCUAACCCUCCACUGCCCGAGGCCAAGGGUUACCCCAGCCCGGAGGUGAUUCGGGAGUCUAGCAGCACCACGGGCAUGGUCGUAGGCAUUGUCGCAGCAGCCGCCCUCUGCAUCCUAAUCCUGCUCUAUGCCAUGUACAAAUACCGAAAUCGCGACGAGGGCUCGUACCACGUGGAUGAGAGCCGUAACUACAUUAGUAAUUCCGCCACACAGCCCAACGGAGCCGCCGUCAAAGAAAAGCCAAUUGGCGUGCCCAAAAAUAAAAAAGAUAAAAAGAACAAGGACAAGGAGUACUACGUCUGAUCUCACAGACUUUCUCCCCCCCUUACAACCCACCCACAGAUCCUGUGCUCCGAACUCACACGCAAAAGGGGAGGGAGAUCCACCUGUGUAUAGUAAUUGAGAAAAAAAUACAUUGAAAAAGACAAAACUGUCUUAGUUUGACCUAAGACACAAUAUACUGUUACUAACAACAAGAAAACAUACGUUAUAACCAAGCACACCAGAACUUUACUAAGCUGAAAAGUGUGUACAAAACGAAACAGAACCGAGCAAGAAGACUCCACGUAGUCACUACAGUUGUGGAUCACUGAGAGACAAGGCCGCUGGUUAGAAUUAAGUGUAUUUCAUAUUAUGUUGCCUGUAUAUGUGAUGCCAGAACAUUUUCCCUCUAAAGCCAGACAAACCAUCUGCAACAAUUCAAACAGACAUUCACCGAUGGGACGGCCGGAAAAGGAACGAAGGACUUAAAAAUGAGAUGCUACUACCUAUGAUUGUUAAAUCAGCCAAAGUAUUUGACUCCCUUUUCUGAUGGCAGUAUUGCGCGUUUGGAUGAGAAAGGACUGCUCCUUGUGGGAUCCGAACUGAUUUCCAUUCGGUGGACAGAACCCUUGGUGUCAAAGAGAAUUGUGGAGGCCUUAAGUAUCAAUCCAAGUGUAAAGGUUGAUGGAUUUUCUUCUGUUUGUAUGUUUGUCAAAACGAUGACAGAUGACGACAAGGAAUACCAGGGCCAUUCGGGAUAGAUUGAGGAAAAUCUCCAUGCACGUAAAGUAUCUUAUUACAUGUUUAUAUACGGUGCAAAGACUAUCUGUGUGCUCUCUGGACUGUGGCUGAAGUGGUGUUUUAUAGCCUGUUAUAUAGAUGAUGCCAACUACAGUAUACCUGCUCUUCAAACUUUUUUUUUUUUUUUUUAGAAAAAACCAAGGUGAAAACAAAUGAAAAACAGAAAAUUAAAUGUUAAUGUGUUGCUAUAGCGAUAGAACCGUUUCUGCCAUUAGCUAUACAGAUUUUAUUUCCCCCCCUUUAUGUGCAUCUCCAACAUCUGUUCUUUUUGACAUACUCCUUUUUUGUU